GGGAGGGCAAGAGCUCUGGGCCACUGGGAAGAUUCAAAAGCUACAAAAGCCUCAUUAUGGAUAGUAAACCUCCCAGCACCAAUGGGGAGAAGAGGAAGAGCCCCUGCGAGUCCGACGAUGAAAAUGAUGAGAUGCAGGAGACACCAAACAGGGGCUCAGCCCCCGAACCGACUUUGAAAAAGAUGAAAACAUCUGAAUACUCAACACUAUUAGUGGUUCGCUACAGGAAGUUUAAGAAAAUAUAUUCAAAUCGACGGGAGAAGGAUCAAUCCCCGGAGCACUCCAUCAAUCCCGCGCAAGAGGAGGAGGACGAAGUCCUAGAAAUAUCGGCUGAAACAUCUGCCAAGGAGGAAGAAGACCCAUAAGCAUCUGAAGGAUCUUCUUCACAGGCUGGGGAGAACUGGUGAAAUGUGGAGAAACCAAAUUGGACAAAUCCUCCCCACCAAUGGCGAUGAUUACAAUAAAAUCAAGUUUGAGAAGCUGA